AUGGCCCCCUCCGCCGACUCCCUCAAGAAGCGCAAGAUCGCCGUGCUCGGCUCCCGCUCAGUCGGCAAGUCGUCGCUGGUGCGGCAGUUCAUCGAGAACGAGUUCCAGGAGUCGUACUACCCGACCAUCGAGAGCUCGCACACGAAGACGGUGAAACACAAUGGCACGGAAUAUCAGCUCUCUAUAAUCGAUACUGCUGGUCAGGACGAAUACUCGCCGCUCAACUCCCAACAUGCGGUGCGUACACCUCCCUUGCACACGCUGUAUGCCUUCCGGGCAACCCCUCACCUGUCUUCGCUUCCCCCUUCCCCACCGCAGAUUGGCAUCCACGGAUACGUCCUCGUCUACUCCAUCACCUCGAAGAACUCGUUGGAGAUGGUGAGGAUCGUCCACGAGAAGAUAAUCGAUUUUUGCGGCGUCACCGACAUCCCAUGUGUGAUCGUAGGCUCCAAGAGCGAUCUCGCGCAAAGCCGCCAGGUAGACGCCGUCGAGGGCGAGAAGGUCGCGCAUGAACACAACGCCGCUUGGGUAGAAACGAGCGCGAAGAACAAUGUCAACGUUGACAAGGUGUUUGAUCUCUGCCUAGCCGAGAUUGAGAAGCGGACCUCGCCUUCACAGUCGGAACCGCCAGCAAAAUCCUGCACUGUUAUGUAA